AUGUCCCCAGGUGGACCCUACCCGGGGGCAUAUCCAGACCCCAGGCCGGCACCGCAUAAAUGCCUUGGGACCGGCAACCAGCCGCGUCACAGCGCUCACGCACAGCCUGACGCAUUUGCCACCCGCCCCUCCGCACCCCCUCCCAAUUCUCGCCCCGCCUGCUCCAGCUUUGGGACCAGCGCAAUCUGGCUGCGCCCCCUGGUGGCCCAAUCCACAAUUGUCGGGAACAGACAUAGCUCUCCAGCAGACGUCAGGACAGGGAACUCCAAACCUUGGAGCUUCCUGGGGGACCCGGCUCCGACUCGGGUCAGGGAGGAGAUCUCCCCAAGAGGCCUCGACCUCAGGCUGAAGAAGAGAUGGCAUUUAGACCUCGGGAGGAACUUCCGCGACAUCCGGCAGGGCGCGGUCUUACUCCAGGCGCCGGGGAGCCCUGGUUCCUCUGGGCCCGGCGGUCUGGGCCAGGGAAGGCGCGUUCUGCCCCGAGGCUGGCUGCGUCCAGCCCGGCUCAGGCCCCAAAGAAAAGAAGCGCGGAGUCAGCCCGGGCCUCUCCCGCUCGCGACGUGCGUCUCAGCACUUUCCGCUGGGAUCCCCGCGGGCUGGGGCCAGGUCGGCGGCUUCGGGAAAGGGCUCGGCUCCCGGGAGAGACCAUGGGGACUGCAGCCCUCCGCUGGCUCAGCUCCCCCCAUCCCGGAGGGAGAGGGAGCGGGGUAUAAAGCCUCUCCAUUCUCCUCGCGUGCGCGCUCGCCCACCCGGUCAAUACCCAAUACCCGGGGCCGGGGCGGAGAGGGCGAGGUGCUGGCGAGCCUCGCGCAGCGGGUGUCCAGAGCCAGGGCGGGCCCAGCCCCCGGGUUCCUCACACCCCACCCGGGUUGGGCAGGUUUAGCAAAGCGGCUCUCGGUAGCUGAGCGCGCAGUUCGCCCUUCCUGUUCUUAGCAGCAGGAGCAGCAACCCCGCGCCGGCCCGGAGACCGCCUGCCUCACCCUCUGGGACGAGGAGGGUUUCCGGGGCCGUCUCUGCCGGCUGCUGAGCGACUUCGAGAACGUCAGCGAGCGCUGAGGCCUGCUCAGUGCGCGCUCCGUCAAGGUGGAAGACGGCGCGUGAGUGAUCACCGGCUGUGGCUGGGGUAGGUUG